GAUUAAAAGUACCGAGUACCAUCUAUAAAUAUUAUUUUAUUUUCCUGUUUCUUGCAGGACAUUUUCUGUGAUAUAUAAUCAAAAAAAAAAAUACCAUUAAUUUAAGUCAAAAAUUAUAAUAAUAUGUUGAAUAAUGAAUGCUAAAGAACGUGCACGUAAUAGAUGGAAAUUAUUGGCAAAUACAGUCAGUAAAAAAUGUCAAGACCAAAUAUUUGCAUCACAAAUAAGCUAUGAUCUCUUUAAUAUUGAAUGCAUCAAUACUGAAUGGUCUAAAUAUUCUUCAUGUGUUCAAAACAAUAAUUUCUCAGCAAUUGUAUGUCGAUCUCCUAUAAUUGUUACGCCUGAGGAACUUAUGGGCUUUAACAAUACUGGAAAUGUUCGUAUAUGGCCAUCUGAAGAAGUACUAGCUUAUUAUGUACUAUCAAAUCUGGAUUUAUUCAGAGAUAAGACUGUACUUGAGCUGGGCGGUGGUAUGAGCUGUUUGGCAGGUAUAAUGGCUGCUUUAUAUGGUUUUUGUAGUGAUGUUCAUUUGACUGAUGGAAAUCCGAAUUCUGUGUACAAUGUUGAGCGUAUACUUGAGAAAAAUGUGUUCACAACCAAAGUUACUUGUUCGGUGUUGAAAUGGGACCAAAGACCUGCAAACAUUUGUCAUUACGAUGUGGUAUUAGCCGCUGAUUGCCUGUUUUUUGAUGAAGCUCGUGACGAUUUGGUGCAUACUAUUGCUGCAUCAUUAUCAUUUGAUGGAGUUGCAUUGGUUGCAGCACCAAAACGAGGAACUACUUUGUACGAGUUCAUAAACAUGGCACAGCAAGAGGGUUUGAUAUGCACCAUACAACAAAACUACAACUCUCUGGUAUGGGAACGUCACUCUAAACAAAUUCUCUACAAUCCAUCGUAUGAUGCAGAUUCACAUUAUCCAUUGUUGAUAAGUAUUACCAAAGCGACCAAAAUUAUUGAUUGCCAAUUUCAAUAAAUUAUUUAAGAUAAAAAUUAUAUACAUCAGUUAAAAUUAAAAUAUUGAAGCUGACAAUCCAAUAGUGUCAGUAAAUAAGUACUUGACUUUUCAAUACUAAAAAAAUCAAAAUAAUAAUCAACUUCUAAAAAUCCAUAUUUUUUUAAUUGAUAUUUACAAUAGUAAAUCCAUAGGAGGGCACAAUUAGAUCAAUCAUCUCCCUAUUGUUUUUGAAUUUAUUUAUUUUUCAUUUUGUAGUAAAACAAUUGUUAUAAAAUUUACAUAUAGAAGUGUGUUUUAAAAAAUUCUAUUUCAAAAUAUAUUAAUUUAUAGCAAAUUUUCUCUCAUCAUCCCUCUAUAUUAAAUGGUGUUAUAAUGGUUUAUAAGUAGUGUAGUUUCAAAAUUUUGUUUGUUAAAUGAUUAUAAAGUUUCCACUCCCAUUUUAUGGGGCUGGAUCCAUCCAUAGAUUCUUAUAUUUAUAAUCCAGUAAUUACAUUUCAGUAUUUAUUUAUAGAUUUUAUUGUUAAUAUUUUUUAAAACUACU